UACUAUCAUUGAGAAAGACUACCAUAUUUUCUAAUAAAGUUCUAUUUCUUUGUCCUUAAGAACAAAAGCAAAUAUUGAUAUCAUAUAUUAUAGUAUUAGUUAAUUCAUUUUCCAACAAAAAACAAUGAGUGUGUUUGGUAUUGGAGAAAUCCUUGUAGCACUUCUUAUUUUCAUUGUAAUCCAUUAUUGGAGACUCAACAGAAUCACACCUAUCACAAAUUGGCCCAUUUUUGGAAUGCUGCCAAGUAUCUCAUUAAACAUUUCAAAUUUUCAUGAAUAUUCAAACUCAAUUUUGAAACAAAAUGGAGGAACUAUCAUUUUUGAAGGACCAUGGUUAACAAACAUGAAAAUUGUUUUCACUAGCAAUGCAAUGAAUGUGCAACACAUAACAAGCACGAAAUUCGAAAACUAUGGUAAAGGAGACGAUUUCAAGGAGAUUUUUGAAGUACUUGGAGAUGGAAUUUUCAGGUCUGAUUCCCACAAAUGGAAGUACAAUAGAACACUUCUUCAUUCAGUCUUCAAGCAGGUAAGUUUCCAGACAUUUAUUCACAAAACUUUUGAGGCAAAAGUUGAUAGUUGUCUCCUUGUGUUUCUUGAUCAUGCUUGUAAAAAAGGGUUGCAAGUGGAUUUACAAGAUGUUUUACAAAGGUUAACUUUUGACAACAUAUGUUCUAUAGUUUUAGGAUUUGAUCCUAUUUGUCUUUCUAUUGAUCUCCCUGAAAUUGCAAGUGAGAAAGCAUUUAAUCAAUUAGAGGACAUAUUGUUAACUCGACAUAUCAAGCCAAGAUUCUUGUGGAAACUUCAGAAAUGGCUUCAAAUUGGUGAUGAGAAAAAGUUUGUAGAGAAUCAGAAAAUCAUUGAUCACAUGGUAGAUACACAAAUCAAAUGCAUCAGGUCUCGGCAAAGUGAAAUCAAAUCCAAGAUCAAUAUGCAAGACAAAUUACAACAAUUUGAUUUGCUAACUACCAUUAUGAAUACUGAAGUAGAAAAAAAGGAACAACCAAAUUCAAUAGAUGACAAAUUUCUAAGAGACACAGCAAUUAAUCUACUUGCAGCUGGAAGAGACACUAUAAGUUCUAGCCUUGCAUGGUUUUUUUGGCUAAUGGCAACACACCCUUUUGUUGAAGCUAAGAUUCUUGAAGAGAUCAAAGAAAAUUUACCAUCAAAAGAAAGUAAUUGGAAAGAAUUAGGAAAGGAAGGGCUUAGUAAAUUGGUUUAUCUACAUGGAGCUUUAUGUGAAACCUUAAGGCUUUAUCCACCAAUUCCUUUUGAACACAAAUGUGCAAUGAAAUUUGAUGUGCUUCCUAGUGGACAUAAGAUUAAGUCAAAUACAAUGAUAGUGUACUCUCUAUACUCAAUGGGAAGGGUGGAGGAAAUUUGGGGAGAAGAUUGCUUGGAAUUUAAGCCAGAGAGGUGGAUUUCUAAUAAAGGAGGGAUAAUUCAUGUACCUUCUUACAAGUUCAUUGCUUUCAAUGCUGGACCAAGGAGUUGUUUGGGUAAGGAUAUAAGCUUCACUGAAAUGAAAAUGGUUGUUGUUGCUAUAUUGUUGAAUUAUCAUAUUCAAUUGGUGGAAGAACAUCCCAUAGUCCCAAGCCUUUCUGUUAUUCUACACAUGAAACAUGGUUUGAAAAUUAUGGUGAAAAAAAGAAUUGUUUGAAGGGAAUAUAUUUUCAAAACAACUUAAAUGUGUUUGAAUGCUACAUGUAAUGUUUAUGUAAUAUUUAAAUUUGAAUUUGUAUGUGUACUACUCUAUGUUUGUUCA